CUCGAAUCAAGCUAUUCGACUCUCUACUCAAGCUCUAGCCUUUCAGAUGAGUGCUUAGGGCACUCUACGUUAUUUUCUCAGUGUCAUAUCCUGACUCUCUAUCUGUCAAUGUCAAUCAUGGGAAAACUGAACCCGUCAACACGAACAUUGGAUCACACCAGUACCACUUGAACUGCGCUCUCCCGACCGCUCUCGCACCCUCAGGUGCUCAGAAGCAUUAACUAAGUGGUGCAAGUAUUGUGUGCAUGGGAAAUCGAAUAUAAUGGUAACGCUGAAGAACGUGAUCGUCUCGUAUCCAUGCUGCCUCGGGUCCCUACUCCUCCUGAAUCACCAAUAACUCCCCCGAAUACUCCUCGAAGAGAUGAUAGGUCCCGGAAAUUUCGCUUUUCAACCGAGUUUUCACGCACCAGUAUCCGAGACAGACUCGCAGAUUUGAAGAACAGAACCGCCACAGAUCACGCAGAGAGAAAUCCGUGGACAGAAGGCGAUCCCUAUCGGUUUAGUCCACCAAAGAAACGCGACCCAUGGGAAGAAUGUAUCAAGUUGGUCGAGAGGCAUGACGAUGAGAAUUGUAGGGGAUGGAAAGAGCAUAUUGAUACCCUUCUUGUCUUUGCAGGUCUGUUCUCCGCCGCGGUCACAGCUUUCAUUAUCGAGUCUUACCGUCAACUCCAAGAGGAUCCAAACGAAGCCAGCCUUCGAAUUCUGACUCAAAUCUCCCAACAACUUUUAAACUCGUCGAAUCCUCUCACAGUUCCUAAUGAUAUGAGAGGGCAUGGCAUGUUUAUACCCACCUCAUCCGCUAUACGAAUCAACACCUGUUGGUUCCUUAGUUUGACUCUGAGCCUUUCUACUGCCCUGUUUGGUAUUCUUUGCAAGCAGUGGCUUCAUGAAUACCGGAGAGAUGUACCGACCGCCUCGCACAAAGAUUCCCUUGGCCUCCGGCAUAUGCGCUUUGAGGGAUUCCACAAAUGGGGCGUUCCAAUCGUCUUGUCGAUUCUCCCAAUCCUUCUUCAGAUUUCCCUCGUACUCUUCUUCGCCGGACUCCUCGACCUUCUCUGGUCACUUCACUAUAUCCCUGCUAUUGUGACGACACUCGCGGUCAGCAGUAGCGUUCUCGUUCUUAUCUUCACCACCGUCUUACCUGCCUACUACGUUUUGACAUGGAAUUCCCGUUCAUCAACUGACUCCGUAUUCCUAUGCCCCUACAAGUCGCCCCAAUCAUGGUGGGUCUAUAGACUGGUCCAUUUUCUUUCGACUUUUGUGAGGGCGAAUUCUCGUAACGUUCGAUGGCAUCUCGAAGCAUCCGAUUGGGCCUCCGUUGACUUCAAACUCUUCCGCUCCCAUCAACCUCCGUCUUUUGACUGUCACACAUAUCCCGUUCGGAGUCUUAAAUGGAUUCGCGACGUAUUCGGAGACAACCUUUCUACAGCGUUUAAUCUCUUCCAUUGUCUUCAAGAAGUGAAUGAGGAGGAGGAAGCGUUUGUAAUCGGUGAAGACGGAGGUGGCAAGAGGGAUGCUUUGAAUCAGAAGUUCUUGUCAUCUCACUCAUGGGACAAAGAUGUUCAGCUCUUCUGUGCUGAACUUGCCCUACGACAGAUUAAUACCUCCCCAGGUUCGAAUAACAUCGGGGCAUACUUAUGGUAUCUGACCCUUCCCGGAGCAAUUGACUGCGAAAAUCCUGCACCCGAAUAUGAAAUAUUCUUACAUCAGCUCCUUUCCACCCUCAAGCAUCACCUUCUCCAGGAACACGUCAACUCUCAGGAUGUCGAUCCUCUACUUUCGAUCUCGCGUAUGCUUUGGACACAUCCCGUACGCUCCGUUCGAUUAUCGAGUUUGUCAUUGCUCGACGACAUCAACUCCUGGCUCUCUAAACCUUCAAAUGACGGUGCUCAGUCUGCCCAACUUCUUCAGCGGAUUCGGAAAUGUUGUACGGCCAUCCUUUUCGUCAUGAGUAGUACAACACGCGACUUUUCUGCCUUCGCUUCGUCGGAUCACACACCACGGUUUAUACGGUCUUUAGAUAGACAUCUCAACGACCUGAAUCACACGAUAGAUCCUUCGUCGGAAUCAUGGACGCGGAGAUAUUGGAUCCAGACGAGGGAGAUCGUGGAUUAUCUGGAAACUCUAUGGCCGCCAUCAGCUGAAAAUCUACGGGGGACUCUAUCCGUCGUGAAGGAUUCGAGCACAAUAAAUUGGAGUCCGUCGUCAGGGGCAACAACUGUUAUUAUUGAGGGCCCACUGGGUGACGAUUAUGGGGACCAGACCCUAGUAGUUGAAGAGCCUGUGUCAGGUUCUUGA